AUGGGUGAAAGCAUGCAACUUUACUUACCAACGGAGCAUCCUAGUUUUCCUUCAUUUCUACGGCUAUAUUGGGAUGAAAUUCAGUUGUUCCUAUUGUCCGAUUUAGAGUUCAAUUACUUCAACGAACUGAAGAACCACCUAGAGGAAGAAAAUGUAAAAUAUUUCGAAUAUGUCUUCAAAGUUUUGAGAGACCCUGUGGCUGUGAUCAACGAGCAUAUGAGAGACAAAAAAGCGUUCAGAACUCGGAGACGGGAUAAGCGUGACCAAAAUCAUGCUCAGUCAACGGCUGACAAAGAUAACAAGAAGAUCGCUACGGAUUUAAGAGAGCAGGUCUUGACCGCCUUCAUCCGACGACUGUUAUUUGAUGUGAGAGGGAUAAAAAAAAUAGACGAAAUGAUCAAACACAACCAUCGGGAGUUAUGGCAGAAGCUACAUUUGGACCAUAGAUUAAUAAAAGAACCAAAAGUUGCACUUCUUUUUCUGGAAAAGUUUUUUAGACAAGUAAAUGAAGAAGGGGAGUCGGACGAACUCUUCCUUGACAGAAUCGCCACAAGCUUUCAGCCUCAGCAUGUUAUCAAAAGUUUGAAAACGAAGUUUGAACCUACGACCAGUGUUUGGCUCCCAUUCCUCGAAGAAAUGGAGAAAGAUUUCGGUUCGAAAAAAGCUCAUUUUUUGAACACCCAAAGCUGGUCUAGAGCUUUUCUGCGUUCUCUUCCUAUGCUACCAUUCUCAACUGAUGAUUGGUUUUUCGAUUUGGUGGAAGCCUGUGCGAAAGAUCCGUACAACUCGGCUGUGCUUAUGUACCUUCUACCCAAACACGAAGAAAUUCUGGCUGCCCGUGAGCUGGAAAUGAGAGCCUUCAAGAUAAAAAGAAUUGCUCCUGUGUCCCUUAUUCCAGAAAUUGAUGAAACUGAGCCUACUGAGAUGAGACCUCCUAAAGACUAUGUCAAGGAUAGAGAAUAUGAGGAUACCUACGAACCUAAGGAAUUAGUACUUCGUUCUUACCAAGAAGAAUUGGUGAGCGCUGCUAUUAGCUCAAACGCUCCGAAUGUGAUCAUUUGUGCCCCUACGGGUUCAGGAAAAACGGAAGUUGCUGUUUACAUUGCUAAACAUCACUUGAAUAAGAAGAUGUCUAAUGAAAAAUCUGGGAGAGUGGUCAUGCUUGUUCCCAAAGUUCCCCUUGUGGAGCAGCAGAAAAAAAGAUUUCAUGUCUACUGCCGCGGGGAUUAUUAUAUUGAUGGGUUCCAUGGUUUGGAGAGGCCACGAAGUAUAUCGAAUUCUAACAUAUUUUUGCGAGCUGAUGUGAUGAUCAUGACUCCGCAAGUUCUGAUAAAUAUGCUGAGAAGUGUUAGAAAAAACGAGCGUGUCUAUAUUUGCGAUAUUUCACUCUUAAUUUUUGAUGAGGUUCAUCACUGUGAUAAAGGCCAUGCUUACAAAGAGCUAAUGGAUAUGAUUGCCGAAUACAGUUAUGAGAAACCCCAGAUUAUUGGGUUAACUGCUUCCUUGGUACGAUCCAGUAGUCAAACCAUAGAAAGUGCAUUAAAUUCUAUUUAUUCGCUGAUGGCUAAUGUGACAGCCACAGCUCUCAGUACUGUCCUGAUGCACCAAAAAGCUUUGAAUGAUUUCGUACAAAGACCAGCUGAAGAGUAUUUUAAAAUUUCAACUGUUCCUAGUGGCUUCCAACAGAAGAUUCGUAAUGUAAUUGACAAAAUUAAAAAUCGAAUAAAGCCUUAUUUGGAUGACCUAAAAAAGAAAAACGAGCUGGGUUUUUCAAAGCUGCAACCUAAUGAAGCCAAAAUUGCCAAUGAUUACCCUAUCAAGUCUUUUAUAGAAAGUGUUAGACGUUUGCAAGAGGUGCUAAAGAAAAUUUCUGGAGUAUCUAAUAAGUCAGAAAUCAUGACAGCCUGCAAGUUUCUGGUGGCUCUCGGCAUGUGCCUUGGAAUGGCUGAGCUCAUGCCUUACAAGCCAGCUUUGGUUUACCUGAACAAAGAGAUUGAAGAAAUAGCCAUCCAAUUCCGGUCUCCAUUUACAGAGCGUUAUCAUGAGUUUUAUCUACAAGAAAAAGAUGGUCUUGAGGGCGAAGCAAAGGAACAGGCUAGGAGCGGUAAAGACUGUGAAAUUCUAGAAAAGCUAAAGAGCAUUCUGUUGGAACGUUUCAAAGCUGACAGUACCUCGCGUGGUAUUAUUUUUGUUCAGGAACGCUCUACAGCCUAUAUUUUGUGUGAACAUUUCAAUAACAUCCGGUUGUUGGGAGGACGCGCUGAUUUUGGCUAUGUCAUUAGCGCUCGGGCUCAAGGAGAAUCGGGUUUUUACGGUCAAAAAAUGACUGAACAGAAAAUGGUUCUGAAUGAUUUCAAUACAGGAAUUAAGAAGGUGAUUGUAUCUACUUCUGUACUGGAUGAAGGUUUGGACGUGAAGGCUUGUAAUUUAAUUAUAAAGUACAACUGUACAUCCUCUGCCGUCAGUAGAAUACAGAAGUCAGGUCGAGCCCGUGCUCGUGACAGUAAAUCCUACCUACUGUGCCUGGAUCGUAGUACCGCAAAUGCGGAGUAUGAUGCAAUUAUCGCAGAAAACGCAAUGAAAGAAGCUUUAGUUUCUUUGAAUAAGGCUGGGCCCAAAGCUCUCGAGAGAUGUGUUCGGAAUGUAAUGGAGAACAACGCCAAAGCUCGUUCCCGGAAUCUCGAGGUACUUAUGGAAAAUAUGAAGAAGUUAGCAAUGAAAGAGUACGACGUCUGUUGCCCUCGGGAGCAUUUAAUCUGUAGAAGUUUGGAAAUUCGUUUGAUGAACAAUAACCACGUAGUUAUCGAUAAAGAAAUUUGGGAUCGCGUGAGAAUAGUACCCAAGGAAAUAAAAAACGAACGUCAUAUGGAUCAGUCCAUGUUUAAAAUAGGAAAAGCUCUCUGCAUGGGCAACGGAAUUGAUGAAUGUGGAGAAGAUAUAGGAAACAUAAUCUGUUGUAGUGGUGUUUACCUCCCAACUCUCAAAGUGGGGAACCUUGUCUUUGUUGAACAUCGGGAAGGCAAUGCGCGAUCGAAAACUCAUAUCAGCAAGAAAAGUUGGGAUGCUGUUCACAAUGAGCUUUUCUAUGUAAAUCCAGCUAUAGAAAGUGAUGUGAAACGAAUGCUGCAAGCUUUAGCUGAAUCAAACUCACAACCUGAGGCGCUCACAACGUUAGACACCAGAUACGAACAGAUGCGCAUGCAGAUAGCACUGUUCGAGGAAAGGAAACGUCGAGAGAAGGAAAAUAUGAGAAUUCGUGCAAACCUCCCUAAAAAGCUUCGCAGUUUUGAACAAUUUGGACAAAGAACACUAAGCUCUGGAAGUAGUAGCGAAAGUUUGUCUGACAUUGAUGAAUAUGUUGGAUCCGACUGA